UCUCCGCCUGAAUUCAAACCUAAACCCUAACCCUCUCUCUCUCUCUCUCUCUCUCUGUGAAACCCUAAAAUCAAUCACGCAUAUGGCCACUACGGGCUUCUACCAAACGAAUAUCGAUUCGGUUUAUUCACAGAUUAAGCACGAAGAGAAGCAGAUCAGACUCAAUAGAAGAUGGUUGGUGGGGCUUCCUACAUCCAAAUCUAACCCAAAGAAAUUUGGAGGACCCAAUGUCUUGAAAAAUAGGUCUUUACCCGAGUCUUUGCUUAGGGAAGAUGAUAUAUUCUAUGAGAAUGUAAAAACACGUGUUGAAGAAGCCUUUGGAGCAUGUAAAGUCGGAGUGCAUAAUGCUACUAAAGUUGAUUUGGAAAUGUUUGACACACGCAAUUUAACAAGAAUAAUUUUCUCAUGCCUUGAUGAAUUGAAUAAUAGAGGUCUUCACCUUCUUACUCUGAUACUUACAGGAGGCUCAGUAAAGUUUGAGAAAACUCGUUGGAAGAUGAAGAAGGUAAUUGGAGAUCAUAUUCCAAAAGUUCUUAAAAGCCAAAAUUAUAAUCAUAAUCAAAUGGAAAUUUAUAGGCAGUUAUCCCAAAUUCUUAAUGAUCCGCAAAAUUUCCGAAAGAAAUGUGUGACGUUUUUGACUCCCAGAUCCCAGUUUCAUCAUACUGCUGUAACUAAUGUCCUGCAUGGAUUAGAGAACUUGCCUAUUGAGAUCCUGAUUGCAAUGAACAGGAAGCUUAAAGGUUCCAAAGUAAGCAUGCCUCAGUUGUCCACUCGCAAAAGUGGAUGGAAUCGAAAUGAUUUAAUUAUACGAGUGAGGAAUACUAGUGAAAAAAUGCUUUCAGAACUUGGUGUAGGGGAUGAGCUACAAGAGCCAUUAGCCAAAGCAAUGGCAAUACCAGGCUUAUUGCUGAAGAUAACACCAGGUUUUCAAAAUUCCUCCAUAACAGAUUUCUAUCCAGUCUCUUCAGAAAUAAUAACCUUGCAGAAUGAGAUAUCGAAGGCUAUUUGGUUACUAAAGACAAGGGUUAGGUUUUCAGAGUUGAAGAACUUGCAGCUUCUGCUAGACCCAAGUGCAAAAGUAUCAAAUCGGAGUUUACGCACAGCAAUAAGGAAAAUGUUAACUGUAUAUCUUGUUGAGUGCAGUGAUAUGGAUACCAUUCCAAAGUCGCUAUUGGAAACUCUUGCUGUUAUUAAUAGGUAUUCUCGAAGUACACUGCUUGGAUGCUUCAGAAAGGAGGAAAUUGGGGAGGAAAUUGAAUUAGAAACAGAAUGCAUAUUGAGUGUCAGUGCCCAGACAAAGCAGAUUGUGUUAGAUUUGCUGCCUGACCAUGAGUUUGAUGAAGAUUUUACUGAUGCGUAUAUGGAGGAGCUAGAAGAAAGUGAAGAUGAUGACAAUGAUGAUAAUAGUAGGAGCUCUCAGAGUAGUAGGUCUCACUGUAUGGAUUUAGAAUACCAUGUUGAAAGUACCGCAGAUUCGAUGCCCUUUGAUUACAAGUCACCUACAUCUGCAACUAAGGAGAAUGGAUCUUUCCGUUUCCUUACACCUGGAAACUGUUUAAAUGGUGCUUCUGUUGAGAGACCUGCACCUAAGGAAUUUACCAGAGUGGAUUCUGUUGAUCCUCUUGGUAUCAUUUCCUCUCCAUUCAGGGAAUCAAGAUCACUUAGCAGCACAAUUAACUUUAAUAUGAACCAACACAACUUUGAAAGCAUGAGUGAAUCCAACAUGCAUAGAACAAAAGGAAUUGAUUUUUGCUCACCUUUUUCACCAAAGGAAAGGUCAGGUGAAAAUUCUAUUGAGAGACAUGAUACUGAAUUUGACUCUGGAGUAGAUACAGCAAACCCACCUCCUUCUGUUUCUAAUUUGUCAUGUGUGAAUCCAAAAGCUACAAAUGGCAAGCAAAGUACAUGUAAGAACCAGUACCUUGCCAUCCAAGAAGUUUGUGAUGAAACAAGCAUGGUUGCCUAUAAUCUCAUUGGUCACUUGCUGGAGGAGUUUGCACAAGUAGAAGGCUUGGAUUUGGACUGGAGAGAUACUUUGUAUCUCAGAGGUGAUAAUUCAAUUGAAGAAGAUUCCAAAGAGGAAGAAAAAGAGAAGCCUGCAUCUAAGGCUGAUAAUGGAGGUUCAGUUAUUGUUCGGGUAGUUGAAGAGCUAAUUCCUUCCUUUCCUAAGAGUGGAAUGGAAAGAAUGAAGAUAUUAAUGGGCUUGUGAUAGCAUAUUUUUAGGAGUUGGUGGUACCUUUUUGAACACCCCCGAAGAGUUGUUCUGAAGUGCAUUUUGCGUAUGUUUACAAGCUUGCCCUGCUCCCAAACAUGGAGGCCACCCGUCUUGAGUCUUGUGGGUUGUGAGCUUUAUCAUGUGAUUGCCAAUCCUGUAUAGAUGAAGUUAACCAUAGUUAAUCUUGUGGACAUUCAAACUGGCUCAUUUCUAACACUGCCCGGAAAAGGAAGAUGUCAUAGGUGCCUCCAUAAGAGCUGAUAUCAUGAUUUAAACUUUAAAUCCUAUUGCUGUCUUUGUAUAAUGAGAAAUUUACGCUGUGUAUCUAUUCAUUUAUUAUUUGUUCGUUUGUACAUGCAUAAUAAAUAAUAAUGCUCACUGGAUGUACAGCCGAUUUCAGUAUAAUUUAUAGCAGUUGCUUUUGAAUAAUU